CACCGCCAGCCACCGGCUUCUCAUCUCCAAAGUGAACAGGUUCGUGAUGCUCUCUGAGUACCCCAUCACUGUCAGCUGCGGAAUCCUCAUCUCUGUAGAGCGGAACGACGUUGUCCGAACUCCCCACGACAUUUUCCCCGAAAUAUUUCAAUCGGAAGAUGUUCUACAGCUUCUUCUCGCCGACGAAACCCUUCGCCAGUAUCACUAUCACCACGUUGGCAUGCAACGACGUCCCAUCCCCACCCAUAUCCGGGUCGACUUUUUGGGCUCCCAGAUCUCCAAGACCCACUUCCCGCUCCGGGCCCAGAUCCCCCUGUACGUCGGGUGCUUCCCCGAAGAAGAGGAGUUGGGAGAGCAAGGCGUGGUUGUUGUGGUUGAGGCGGUAGUAACCGCUGACAGUAGCUGGGAAGGCCGGCCUGGAGCGACAGUCGGGUUUUGUGUCGUAAUUGGAGCUGUUAUGAAAGUGAAGGUAGGAGUUGUAGUUGUAGCAGUAGUAGGAGUAUGAGGGUUAGGGAUUUUCUGCAAGGGAUCCUGCAUAAUUAAGCCAAUUGGAAUUUGGACAGGGGAAACCUUACCUUAUAAUAUAAUACUCUGUUUUUGCUCUGUUUCUUUUCAUGAAAACAGAGAUGAACAAUCUCCAAGUUCGUUGAGUGCGAUAUCAUGCACAUUCAUCGAUUGGCGAAACACGGAUGGUUUCAACUUUCAAAUCAUAGUUUUCCCACGGCGGUCAGUACCUGUACGGUAUCGACCAUUCAAGAGAAAUUCUACCAGCUUGUUCACCUCGGAGAUGAGGAGCUGGUGGCUGGCGGAGCUUCUCAACGGGAAAUUUAAGCUGUCGGCGGUUAAGGAGACGGAAAGUGUGCGUUGGUAAUUAUAAUAUUUUUUUAUUUUACUUUAAUCUGAAAAUGAGUUGGAAAUGGUAAAAAAAUAAAAUUUAAUUAAUUUA